AUCCUAAACUAUUCUCUUGCGUUUGUUUAUAUCAGUGGAACUUGAAGCUUAUCUGCUGCAAUGAUGUGACAUGAACACUGACUUUCACAAAUUACAAUCUAUUAUAUUAGCUAUACUACACAUUGUCAUCUUUCAUUACGUAAGCUGCUGUAUGGUUGAUUAUUGCGCUGAUAUGUAUUCGGAACGAUUAGAUGAAGGUGGCAUUCUUAUUGGUAUGAAUGCACCUUAUUGUCAGAUAAUUACCGAUUAUAUUUACUGCUUGAGUGAAACGAAUCGUACAUGUCGCGGUAAUCUCAAAUAUCACACAUUGCAAACUUUACUUCAUCGACAACGUCGUGAAUUUUCAUGUAAUUCAUUUCCGGAAACAAUGAAACCUAGUAAUUAUGUACCUAUCGGAUGUGCAUUCCCAACUGAUACAGCUCCUCACACAAUGCAACGUUAUUGUGGACUUUUUGGUUCACGACAUUUGCGCACAUUAAAUGGACAUUUUGUAACAUGUGCACGUACCGGUGCUUAUCCAUUGAUAAACAAUAAACAUUUGCUAAUACAAAUUACCCAUUCAUUCCUUGGGUCUGGUACCACUGCUAUUUCGAAGGUUACUGUAAUCAUAAAGAAAAAUGAACGUUGCACAACACGUAAACAAUAUGAAGCAGGAUCAGAAGAUGAGCAAUUACCGAAUACAUUUACGGAUGGUAGUAUAUUUGUUGGUAAUUCAGGACGAAAAGCAGUAGAAAUUAAAUCAUUAAGUCAAAAUCAUAUUGAAAUUACAGUACGUUAUAUAGCAACAACAAUUUUUAUUCGACGACAUGGUGCAUAUUUAUCGGUUGCUUUAAGGAUACCGGAACGAUUUAUUCAGGAGCAAACAGAUAAUGAAUUCGAUAUUUGUACAUCCGGUUGUAGUCGUAGUGAAACAAUAAAACUUGAAGAAGCAUUAGCAAAUCCUCUUUCAUUCACCAGAUGUUAUGGAGUUCGAAUGAAAAUACCACUAAAAAUUGCAAUUGAACGAUGCAAACAUGUUAAUGUAACGGAUGCAUUUUUUGAUGCAUGCAUUUUUGAUUUUUUAAUUAGUGGCGAUGAAAUGUUUGUUGCGCAAAUUGCUAAUGCGCAAUAUGAUAUUAUCGAUUUAUAUUCACCUUAUAUACGACACUAUUUUACGGGUCGACAAAAUUUGACAUUAUAUGAUUCAAAAGCUGGUUAUAAAUGGAAACAUUGUAUUCCGGAAUCAUCAUCUUUCAAUUCGGAACAAAUAUCCGGUUCAAAUAAUCUAUCACAACAACGAUACAACAUUAAUGAAUUUGUAAUAUUUAUGCUAAUUUUCAUGAUAAUUACAUCUGAGAUUUUUUAA